AUGAACACAACAAAAGAAGAAUUUAAUAUCCCGAAUGUAAUUAUUGAUCCUAAAACACGUGCUCAAUAUGCUAAAGGAAAAUUUCUUGGCAAAGGAGGUUUUGCCCGAUGUUAUGAAUUAACUGAUGUUAAUACUGGUCAAAUAUAUGCUGGAAAAAUUGUACCUAAAACAAUGCUUGUAAAACCUCAUCAAAAAGAAAAAAUGCAACAAGAAGUGACAAUUCAUCAAUCACUUACACAUAAACAUAUUGUUCAAUUUUUUUCAUAUUUUGAAGAUGAAAAUUAUGUUUAUAUUAUCCUUGAACUUUGCCGACGACGAUCAUUAAUGGAAUUACAUCGACGACGUAAAACAGUAACCGAACCUGAAACACGUUAUUUUGUUAAACAAAUUGUUGAUGCAUGUUUAUAUUUACAUGAAAAACGAAUUAUUCAUCGAGAUCUUAAAUUAGGAAAUUUAUUUCUUAAUGAUCAAAUGGAAAUUAAAAUUGGAGAUUUCGGUUUAGCAACUCGAAUGGAAAAUGAUUCAGAUCGAAAACGAACACUCUGCGGUACGCCAAACUAUAUUGCACCUGAAGUAAUCAAUAAGAAAGGUCAUGGUUAUGAAGUUGAUGUAUGGAGUUUAGGUUGUGUUCUUUAUACACUAUUGAUUGGUAAGCCACCAUUUGAAACUACCACAUUGAAAGAUACAUAUUCUAAAAUACGUAAAAAUGACUAUGAAAUUCCACCGAAUUGUAUAAGUCCUGAAAGUUGUUUACUUAUUCAACGUUGUUUACAACAUGAUCCACAAGAACGUCCAUCGAUGCGUAAAAUCUCUCAAGAUAUAUUUUUUUCUGGUUUUACUCCAGCAACUUUACCAACAUCUGUUUGUACAAUUGCACCACGUUAUUCCGUUAUGCCACCUACAUAUCAAUCACAACAAACAUUAAUAAAUCCUAAUAAAGUUACAAAAGUUAUUCAGCAACCUCCACCACCAUCAGCACAACAAACACAACAGCAACAACAACAGUAUCGUCGUCCAUUUAGUGAACAACAACAAAACGAACAAGCAUUAGUUGCAACACGUCAUCAAACAGCUAUGUCGUUGCCAACACCAAUAUUAAUGAAUGAACGUUCGAAAGACGCUGUGAGUCUUAAUGGACGUUUAACAUCAGCUGCAUCAAAACAAACCGAUAUUAUUUUAUCAUCACAAAUGGUUCGACAAAUAACAAAUGCUGAUAAUGAUGCAUUUGUACCACCUGGAGCAACAAAUGAAGAAAUUAGUGAUGAUUUACAUUUAGCUAAUGAUCUUCUUAGACAAUUAGAUCAUUUAAUACAAUCAAAACCAAAUGAAAUGAUUGAUAAACAUGAAGAUGAAGCUGAAGAUCCAGCAUCAGCACCUAUGCUUUGGAUAUCAAAAUGGGUUGAUUAUUCAGAUAAAUAUGGUUUAGGUUAUCAAUUAUGUGAUGAUUCAGUUGGUGUUUUAUUUAAUGAUUCAACACGUUUAAUAAUGACAGCUGGUGGUGCAGAAAAUCUUCAAUAUAUUGAUAGAGAAGGUAUUGAACAUCUAUGUACAAUGAAAGAUUAUUCGGAACAAUUAAAAAAGAAAGUUACUUUACUUAAAUAUUUUACUUCCUAUAUGGAUGAACAUCUACUUAAAGCUGGUGCUGCACAAGCUCCUCGACCUGGAGAUGAACUUUCUCGACUUCCAUGUGUUAAAUCAUGGUUUCGUACACGUAAUGCGAUUGUUUUUUAUCUUUCCAAUGGCACAUUACAGAUAAAUUUCUUUCAAGAUCAUACAAAAGUUAUUUUAUGUCCGUUAAUGAGUGCUGUUACGUAUAUAAAUGAACAUCGAGAAAUUCGUACAUAUCGUUUGCCAGCAUUAGAACAAUAUGGUUGUUCAAAACAAUUAUUUACACGUAUUAAAUAUGCUAAAAGUAUGGUUGAUAGAAUAUUAGCAAAUAAAAGUAAUCAAAAUCGAAUUCAUUAA